AUGCCUGUGAUCAACAUUGAGGACCUGACGGAGAAGGACAAGCUGAAGAUGCAAGUUGACCAGCUCAAGAAAGAGGUGACGCUGGAAAGAAUGCUGGUGUCCAAGUGCUGCGAGGAAGUGCGUGACUACGUGGAGGAGCGCUCUGGGGAGGACCCGCUGGUGAAGGGGAUCCCGGAGGACAAAAACCCCUUCAAGGAGCUCAAGGGUGGCUGCGUGAUCUCAUAA